AAAGGCAACUUACCAGUGAUUUCUGGGUGCUGGGGCUGAAUAUUUUGUGCAUAUUUAAGAAUGUCUUCUAAGCAAGCCACCUCUCCAUUUGCCUGUGCAGCUGAUGGAGAGGAAGCGAUGACCCAGGAUUUGACCUCACGGGAAAAGGAAGAGAGCAAUGAUCAACAUGUUGCCUCCCAUCUGCCUCUGCACCCCAUAAUGCACAACAAACCUCAUUCUGAGGAGCUACCAACACUUGUCACUACCAUUCAACAAGAUGCUGACUGGGACAGUGUUCUUUCAUCUCAGCAAAGAAUGGAAUCAGAAAAUAAUAAAUUAUGCACCCUAUAUUCGUUCCGAAAUACCUCUACCUCACCACAUAAGCCUGACGAAGGGAGUCGGGACCGCGAGAUAAUGACCAGUGUUAAUUUUGGAACCCCUGAACGCCGCAAAGGGAGCCUUGCCGAUGUGGUGGACACACUGAAACAGAAGAAGCUUGAGGAAAUGACUCGGACUGAACAAGAGGAUUCCUCCUGCAUGGAAAAACUACUUUCGAAAGAUUGGAAGGAAAAAAUGGAAAGAUUAAAUACGAGUGAACUUCUUGGAGAAAUUAAAGGUACACCUGAGAGCCUGGCAGAAAAAGAACGGCAGCUCUCCACCAUGAUUACCCAGCUGAUCAGUUUACGAGAGCAGCUUCUGGCAGCGCAUGAUGAACAGAAAAAACUGGCAGCCUCACAAAUUGAGAAACAACGACAGCAAAUGGACCUUGCUCGCCAACAGCAAGAACAGAUUGCGAGACAACAGCAGCAACUUCUGCAACAGCAGCACAAAAUUAAUCUCCUGCAGCAACAGAUCCAGGUUCAGGGUCACAUGCCUCCGCUCAUGAUCCCAAUUUUUCCACAUGACCAGCGGACCCUGGCAGCAGCUGCUGCUGCCCAACAGGGAUUCCUCUUCCCCCCAGGAAUAACAUACAAACCAGGUGAUAACUACCCCGUACAGUUCAUUCCAUCAACAAUGGCAGCUGCUGCUGCUUCUGGACUCAGCCCUUUACAGCUCCAGAAGGGUCAUGUCUCUCACCCACAAGUUACCCCAAGGCUAAAGGGCCUAAGUGACGGUUUGGGCAGGAAUUUGGACCCCUUUGAACAUGGUGGUGGCCACUCUUACAACCACAAACACAUUGAGCAGCUCUAUGCCGCUCAGCUGGCCAGCAUGCAGGUGUCACCUGGAGCAAAGAUGCCAUCAACUCCGCAGCCACCAAACACAGCAGGGGCAGUCUCACCUACUGGGAUAAAAAAUGAAAAGAGAGGGACCAGCCCUGUAACUCAAGUUAAGGAUGAAGCAGCAGCACAGCCACUGAAUCUCUCAUCCAGACCCAAGACAGCUGAGCCUGUUAAAUCCCCAACAUCGCCCACCCAGAGCCUCUUCCCAGCCAGCAAAACCAGCCCAGUAAACCUGCCAAACAAAAGCAGCAUCCCUAGCCCCAUUGGAGGAAGCUUGGGAAGAGGAUCCUCUUUAGAUAUCCUGUCCAGUCUCAACUCCCCGGCCCUGUUUGGGGAUCAGGACACAGUGAUGAAAGCUAUUCAGGAGGCUCGGAAGAUGCGAGAACAGAUCCAGCGGGAGCAACAGCAACAGCAACCACAUGGUGUUGAUGGAAAACUCUCCUCCAUGAAUAAUAUGGGUCUCAACAACUGCAGGAACGAGAAGGAAAGAACACGCUUUGAGAAUUUGGGGCCCCAGUUAACAGGGAAGUCAAGUGAAGAUGGAAAGCUGGGCCCAGGUGUCAUCGACCUUACUCGGCCAGAAGAUGCAGAGGGAGGUGCCACUGUGGCUGAAGCGCGAGUCUACAGGGACGCCCGCGGCCGUGCCAGCAGUGAGCCACACAUCAAGCGACCAAUGAAUGCAUUCAUGGUUUGGGCGAAGGAUGAGAGGAGGAAAAUCCUUCAGGCCUUCCCCGACAUGCAUAACUCCAACAUUAGCAAAAUACUAGGGUCUCGCUGGAAGUCCAUGUCCAACCAGGAGAAGCAACCUUAUUAUGAAGAGCAGGCCCGGUUAAGCAAGAUUCACUUAGAGAAGUACCCAAAUUAUAAAUACAAACCCCGACCGAAGCGCACCUGCAUUGUUGAUGGCAAAAAACUCCGGAUCGGGGAGUAUAAGCAACUGAUGAGGUCUCGGAGACAGGAAAUGAGGCAGUUCUUUACCGUGGGGCAGCAGCCUCAGAUUCCAAUCACCACAGGAACAGGUGUUGUGUAUCCUGGUGCUAUUACUAUGGCAACUACCACACCAUCACCUCAGAUGACAUCUGACUGCUCUAGCACCUCUGCCAGCCCAGAGCCCAGCCUCCCAGUUAUCCAGAGCACUUAUGGUAUGAAGACAGACGGCGGAAGCCUAGCUGGAAAUGAAAUGAUUAAUGGAGAAGAUGAAAUGGAAAUCUAUGACGACUAUGAAGAUGAUCCCAAAUCAGACUAUAGCAGUGAAAAUGAAGCCCCAGAGUCCGUCAGUGCCAACUGAGGAGUGUUUGUUUGCUGAAUUAAAAUACUCUGACAUUUCAUCCUCCCUCCCUCAACAAAAAGUUCUUAAAGAGCCCGCAUGCAUUUGUGGCUCCACAAUUACAUCAGCAGAAUGGUCUUAAUUGUUUCGUAAGGUGUGAGACAGAUUAAGUUUUCCCUGAUUUUUCAUGAACUUGAGUUUUUGUCGUUAUUGUUGUUGCUGUUGUUGUUGUUGUUAUUUUUUUAAUUUAGGUGAAGACAUAUUAAAUAUGAGACACCAGGACUUGAAAACUUAUCUCAACCCAUAGCUGUCUUACAAGUCUUAUAUUUUUGUCUUACUUUUUUUUUCCUUUUGGAUAUUGAUAAAGGUUUAAGUUACUGUUCUAGAUGGGGUUAAACAUUCUCACUCAGGUAUGCUGUGCCGGCCUACAGGUUGUGAAUGUGUUUUUAUUCUGAAUUCUUUUAGAAAACAACUGAGGAUUUCAUCUAUUGUGAAACAGAACAAGUCCACGGCGUGUGCAGCUGCAUGUAGAGCAUAUUCAAAAGGCCUCAGAAUUCCAUUUUUCCAUGUGUAGAGUUAAACUUUGAAUGUGCCAAACUUUUUCAUAACUUUUGAAUCUUAAUAUUUUGAAAGUCUUAAAGGAGACACUGCAAAGUCUUAGACAAUCUUUGGCAUCUUAAAAUAAAAUAGCAAACUACACCUUUUCUUCCCCCACACCCACGCCCAGAAAAUGGUAAAGUACUCAGGAAUCUGGAAACCAGAUAUUGUAAGGAACGAACAAGGUUGCCACAGUGCACGUACCCAGUUUUGUUUGCCUCUUGACGUGCCAUCAGAGUGUGACGUGGAAUGACGUCUGCACAACAGAGCGACCACCACACAGAUACAGACAUGGUGGUCUUCUCUGCCUGAGACCACCUCUCACUACAUCCAUUAUCCCUUUGCCUUUAACCCUGACAUUCAGUCUUAACACAUUUUCUCUUAAAUAAUUUAUUCAUUCCAGAAUGUCAAGGGUCCAUUUACUAUUUAUUUAAAAAAAAUAUUGUUGGUGGCAUUAAUUUAAUAAUUCUUGUUUUCCAC